CCAGAGCCGAGUGGAGCCAGCCCUCUUCCAGCAAGUCGUUUAUGUGGAAAUGAAAUGUUCUUUUUUAAAGCGAAAAUAAAGAAAUCUCAUCGGUACAGCAACUCAACAAAAGUGGAAAUCAUUUAGGAUGGACUGUAAAGCAUUGCAUGAGAUAAUACAUGCAAGAAGACUCAAGGCUGCAAGUCGGAGGCAACAGAAAAUAACUACAAACAUGCUUUAUUAGUUGGAAAUACACCUCUUUGCACAGGAUAAGCUGGUACAAGCAAACUAAUAAUAUUUCUUCAAAGCUAAGAUGAUGGAGUAUAAUGAGAGGGUCCUUUGUGGGUCUGGAGAGGUGGAACUGGACCCCAACAUCGUCAGUGAGGAGGCUGGGAAGCUCUAUGCAGAACUGCAGACGGUGAUUGAGCUCCAUGGAGAAAGUGUGGUGGAGUCCCUCGUGCCCAUUUUUGUUUGGGUCCUGGAGGGUUUGGCCAACUGCAAAUCACAGCUCAGAGACCGAGAGGAAGAGGCCAAUCGGGAAAAGGCUGAAAAGGAGGACCUACUCGAGAGAUAUCAAACUGAGAAAACACUACGCAAAGAGAGCCAAGAGAGAUAUCUGGAGCUGGACGACCAAAUGGAACAAGAGCGCAGAGCCAUGAGGAUGAGAGAGAAGGAGCGCGAGAGGAGAGAGAAGCAGUUGGAGAGCAAGGCGCGAGAGCAAGCUGAUCAGUUGGUAGCUUUGGAAGAACAAAAGACACAUCUCAGUAGAGAAUUAAGCACACUACGGCACUCACACACCAAGCUGACUUGCACAUACCGAGAAAUGCUGGACAGGAGGAAAGAAUCAGAAAGAGAGUCUCCUUUAAGGAAUCAUGUACACCCAAAGAAUCCUGAGAAAACAUUCUUCAAUCCCCUCUCAGAGUCUAAUCACAAUGAUAAGCAGCUUGUUCGACGGCCCCAUUCAAACUCCGGUCCUCCGAUGUUGGAGCAGGUAAAGCCCAAAGAGGAACAGAGCCCUGCAAAGUCCACAGUGAAACCUGACGCAAACCAAGACCAGUUCAUCAAUGACAUCAUCACCUCCACCCCUGAGCUGGCACAUUUACAGGGAGGCGGGCGGUCCAGGAUCAGCAUCCCCGUCAGUCUUGAAGAACAACCAGGCGAUACAUUUGAAACCAGUAUGGAAGAUGAGAUCAGGAAAGAGCAAGAGAAUGAAGAAGAGAGUGAUCCCAAAGAGCAGCAGGAAUCAAGCAGAGAGACAAAGGAGGAAGACGAGGAGGAGGAGGAGGAGUCUGAGGACGAAGAGCUGGAGUUUGAGCUGCGAAACACUGACUCUGUCUUCUCUGAGCUGUCUGAGCUGAGCCGCGACUAUCUGGAGAGUGUGGACCAAGGAGCGAGUGUCAGAGGUGGUGCAGACCAGUUUGAAGAGAUUCUUUCAAAAUAUGAGGAACUGAAAGUCACCCAUGAGCUUGUAGAUGCAGCCCGUAAAUCUUUAAUAUCUCGAGUGGUGGAGUUGACUGAUGACCGUUCGACUCUUCAACUGGAACUCAGCUCUCUUCAAGAAACAGUGGCACGUUUAGACAAUCGACUCAAAGAAAAAGAAGAAGAGAUCAAAAGACUCAAAGUGGACCUGGAAGCUUUUCAGUCCUCAGAUUCAGAUGCCUCUGUGCCGGCAUCUGUGCGUCACUUCUCUCGUUCUGAAAUGGCUCGAGUUGUCAUGGAGAAGAAUCAGUACAAGCAGCGACUGGUUGAACUGCAGGACACCAUGAGAAGUCAAGCUGUCAGAGCUUCAAGAGAGGAGAGGUUAACAGGUGAUAAAAGCUCAAGUGUUUGGAAAAAAUUCAAUCGCCUACUUGGCCUCUCUAAGGAACCCCUGAUUCCACCUCCAUCUUCAGCGUAUCCUAAAGCAAACCCCCCCUACCCUUCUGUACCACGCCAGGCUGCUAGUCCAGUCAAGGCAGAGUCAACAUCUCAAGCUUUAUCACCUCGAGUCAGGCGGAGAGAGUAUUACAGAGAAAUCCGUUCUCACAUUUGGGGAAAACUGGGAAAACGUCAGAUUCACGGCUGGAGUGUUCCUCUGGCCAACACUCAGGAAUCACAGGAGCCUGUCCCUGAGCCCAAAGAUAUCCCUGUUUUAGUAAAGCUCAGACUUCUUGAUCAGCGGGAUUCAACUGCAAAGCUAAACUGUGCAGUGGCAGUCCCACCUGAAGUCUCAGGAGAAGCCUCUUGCUCCGUGUGGGUCAUAUCUGGACCGGCCUCUAACAGUGAGAUCACAGUGAUAGACCCGGCCCGGCCCAACACAGUCCUGGACCAGUUCACACUCCCUCCCACAUCUCCUGCCCUCUGCAUCUGUGCUGUGCCCCCUAUAGGUAACAAUCCAGGAACUGUGUGGAUUGGAACUCAGGAAGGAAGUGUUCUGGUGCACUCAGCCUCGUCCAACAGGAGGCGCUGUCUACAGUCCAUCUCAUUUUCAGAGGCUGUACAUUCACUCACGUUUACACAGAAUCAAGUCAUUGCAGGUUUAGCUGAUGGCACUUUAGUUUUUUUUUCACCCACACCAGGUGGCUGGGACCUCUCACCUAAUGCAGUAAUGUCUCUUGGAUCCACUCCACUGCAGCCCAUUCGAUGCUGUCUUGCAAAAGCUGGGCGCAUAUGGGUGGGAUACUGGAACAAAGUUCAUGUGGUGGACAUUGAAAACAGGAAAACUGAGCAUGUUUUUACCGUGUCAGAGCGCAGUGAGCAGCAGGUGCGGUUCCUGUGUGCGGGGGGCAGCGGAGUGUGGACCGCCUGCAGACUCGACCCAAUCCUCCGACUCUACGACUGGACCACUGGGCGACCAUUACAGGAAGUGGACUUUUCUGCCCUGGUCCUUAAAACUCUAGGUCAAGCCUUCCUCACACUGUCACCUCUUCAAAUCUCAUCUCUGUCCAUCAUCUGCGGUCGUCUCUGGAUUGGAACAGGAGGUGGCGCUAUAAUCUCCAUACCCCUGUCUAUAACAUCAGAAGCGGUUUCUAUUCCGUACUGCUCCACUGCCUCGACUCAGCUCUGUUCCCAUGGACACAGGCAAGCCGUCAGGUUUAUCAUCCCUGCUCCAUCUUGUUUGAUGAUCUCUCCUGACAACAGCACUGUUACUCCAUCUCAGCUGAUUAUCAGCGGAGGCGAAGGAUACAUCAACUUCAGAAUCGGUGACGAUGCAAAUGAGGAAUCAGAUGAAGUGAUCCAAAGCUCACCCCUGCGGGCUGAACGCAGUCACAUGUUCAUCUGGCAAAUUUCCUCUGCCUCAGUGCCUAACCCUGCCCUUUAACCUCUGACGUACAAAAUCAAAACCUGCAAGAACUUCUGAGUUGGUGCUUCAUUGAGCCAGACGACGUCAUUAAACAAUAAAAACAUGUCAUGAGACAGUUUAUAAAAAUAAUAUUAUUUUAUUUGUUUACCUCAUAAGAUGCACUUGCUUUGGAAAAUCUGGUGUUUUUUGGAAUAAUUAACAAGGAGCUGGUCAGUAUUCACUAUUUAAAUUGAUUUUAUUUUGUCCUUUUAACCCAGUGUAUUAUUUAGGGUUUCAAUCAUGGAAUUUUGUGAAACCAAGUAUGAUUUUUAGAGUAUAUGUUGCAGUGAAUGUGAAACGAAUGGGCAUGGAUCAUUUAGACAAUCAGAAAUAUUAUUCAGGUAUUUUUUUCUGCAGGUGCAACUUUUGUUUAUUAGCUCUUUUCCAGCAUGCAGUAUUCUCAGUAUGUGAUUUAUGUUGUCAACUGCUAUUGAUUUAAUGUAUGUCUGAUUUUGGUUUCUAGUAAAAAAAAAAGAGGAAUUCUUUAUAAUGUAUCUCUGUACUGGUCCUAUUCUUCUUGCAAAGAAGGUCUUAAAUUAAUAUUGGCUCUAAGCCCAACUUUAAAAAAAACAAUGUUGUCAGUGAAUAUCUUUAGCCUUUUAUUUUUGUAAGUGACUACAAUAUAUCAAAUGCAACAAUGAAAAACAGAUACAGGCUAAUAAAAAUGUAUAUCUCUA